AUGCUGCUCUCCCAACUCUCGCGAUGCAGCCAAAGGCUGGCUUCUGCUAGACACUUCACCACCAUCUCGCCCAACGCCCCUCGCACAGCUCUGGUAGCCAAGAGGAGGGACCUGGGUUUCACUGGCUACAACGCCUUCACAUCACAGCACCGCCACUAUGCUCAGGCCGCGGAAAAGACCGAUCAGGGCGUCGACUCCAGCGAUUCUUUCCUCUCCGGGAACACCGCCAACUAUGUCGAUGAGAUGUACGCAGAGUGGAAGCGCGAUCCUUCCUCCGUGCACGUCUCAUGGCAGGCCUACUUCAAGAACAUGGACAGUGGCGACAUGCCCGUGAGCCGCGCUUUCACUCCUCCACCCACCAUUGUUCCACAGCCAGCCGGUGGUGUCACCGCGCCAACCUUCGCCGCAUCUUCCGCGGAAGGAGAGAGCAGCGAUGUCAUGAACCAUCUGAAGGUCCAGCUUCUUGUCAGAGCAUACCAGGCGCGAGGCCACCACAAGGCAAAGAUCGAUCCAUUGGGCAUCAGAACACAGACCGAAUCUGUACCAAGAGAAUUGGACUUGAAGACCUAUAACUUCAGCGAAUCGGAUAUGGAGUCAGAGUUCACGCUUGGUCCGGGUAUCUUGCCACGGUUCAAGACGGACAAGCGCGACAAGAUGACCUUGCGCGAGAUCAUUGAUGCUUGCGAGCGCCUGUACUGUGGUCCAUACGGCGUUGAGUACAUUCACAUUCCGGAUAGAGAUCAGUGCGACUGGUUGCGACAGCGUCUUGAGGUUCCACAGCCCUACAAAUACUCCGUUGAUGAGAAGCGCCGCAUUUUGGAUCGUCUUAUCUGGUCUUCGUCGUUCGAAUCGUUCUUGGCUACCAAGUACCCCAAUGACAAGCGUUUCGGUCUGGAAGGUGGAGAAUCUCUCAUCCCUGGUAUGAAGGCGCUCAUCGAUCGCUCAGUCGACUAUGGUGUCAAGGACAUUGUCAUUGGCAUGCCCCACAGAGGUCGUCUGAACGUGCUCUCCAACGUCGUCCGCAAACCCAACGAGUCCAUCUUCUCCGAGUUUGGUGGUUCUGCUGAGCCUUCCGACGAGGGCUCUGGAGACGUCAAGUACCAUCUUGGUAUGAACUUCGAGCGUCCAACUCCAUCCGGCAAGCGUGUACAGCUGUCUCUGGUAGCCAACCCGUCUCAUCUGGAAGCCGAAGACCCUGUCGUGCUUGGCAAGACCCGUGCCAUCCUCCAUUACAACAACGACGAGGAAAAGGCACUCUCCGCCAUGGGAGUGUUGCUGCACGGUGACGCCGCUUUCGCCGCUCAAGGUAUCGUGUACGAGACCAUGGGUUUCUACGCGCUCCCAGCUUACCACACUGGUGGCACAGUCCACAUUGUCGUCAACAACCAGAUUGGCUUCACUACUGACCCACGUUUUGCUCGUUCUACUCCUUACUGCUCGGAUAUUGCCAAGUUUGUGGAUGCUCCAGUCUUCCACGUCAACGGUGACGAUGUCGAGGCCUUGAACUUCGUUUGCCAGCUGGCCUCUGACUGGCGUGCUGAGUUCAAGAAGGAUGUUGUCAUUGACAUAGUCUGUUACCGAAAGCAGGGACACAACGAGACCGAUCAGCCAUCCUUCACCCAGCCACUGAUGUACAAGCGCAUCAACGAGCAGCCACCUGUCCUCGACAAGUACACCAAGCAACUGCUGGACUCCAACACUUUCACCAAGGAAGACAUUGAGGAGCACAAGAAGUGGGUCUGGGGUAUGCUCGAGGAGUCUUUCGCCAAGUCCAAGGACUACCAGCCAACCUCGAAAGAGUGGCUGACGAGUGCUUGGAACGGCUUCAAGUCUCCGAAGGAGCUGGCCACUGAGAUAUUGCCUCACGAGCCUACUGCUGUCGCUGUGGAUACCUUGAAGCACGUCGGAGAUGUCAUCGGCAACCCGCCAAAGGACUUCCACGCGCACAAGAACUUGAAGCGUAUCUUGGCUAACCGAUCCAAGACUGUCAACGAGGGCAAGAACAUCGACAUGUCGACUGGUGAGGCACUGGCUUUCGGUACCCUCGUCUUGGAAGGUCAUCACGUUCGUGUAUCCGGACAAGAUGUCGAGCGUGGUACUUUCUCACAGAGACACGCUGUGCUCCACGACCAGGAGAGUGAGGCCACCUACACCCCACUCAAGCACAUCAGCGAGGAUCAAGGAUCAUUUGUCAUCACCAACUCCAGCUUGAGUGAAUUUGGUACUCUUGGAUUCGAAUACGGUUACUCGCUCUCGUCACCUACAGCACUUGUCAUCUGGGAAGCUCAGUUUGGUGAUUUCGCCAACAACGCACAGUGUAUCAUCGAUCAAUUCAUCGCGUCUGGUGAAGUCAAGUGGCUCCAGCGAUCUGGUCUUGUUGUCAACCUGCCCCACGGUUACGAUGGUCAAGGUCCAGAGCACUCUUCUGGUCGCAUGGAGCGAUUCUUGCAGCUCUGCAACGAAGACCCUAGAAUCUUCCCAUCUCCAGACAAGCUCGACCGCCAGCACCAGGACUGCAACAUGCAGAUCGUCACCUGUACUACACCUGCCAACUCAUUCCACAUCUUGCGCCGCCAGAUGAACAGGCAAUUCCGCAAGCCUUUGAUCUCGUUCUUCAGCAAGAGCUUGCUCCGCCAUCCUCUCGCGCGCUCGGGCAUUGAAGACUUCACUGGUGAGAGCCACUUCCAGUGGAUCAUUGCUGACCCAAUGCACAACCAAGACGCCGAGUUCAAGAUCAACGAGCACAAGGACAUCAAGCGUGUCAUCCUCUGCUCUGGUCAAGUCUUUGCGGCACUCUUCAAGUACCGACAACAGAAUAACCUCACCGACACCGCCAUUACCCGUAUUGAACAGCUUAAUCCCUUCCCAUGGGCACAGCUCAAGGAGAACCUAGACAGCUACCCUAAUGCCGAGACCAUCGUCUGGUGUCAGGAGGAGCCUCUCAACGCUGGUGCAUGGUCUUUCACGCAACCUAGAAUCGAGACUCUGCUCAACCACACCGAGCACCACAACAGGAAGCAUGUCAUGUACGCGGGUCGCAACCCUAGUGCGUCAGUCGCUACUGGUUUGAAGUCGAGCCAUCUGAAGGAGGAACAGGACCUUUUGGACAUGGCUUGGAGCGUGAGACAGGACAAGCUCAAGGGAGAGUAG